UGGCUGUAGCAGAAGUUGAUGCUAGGGAUAAUCCUGAGAAGUUGGGAGUAUUUCGUGAAUGCUUAAGGAAGACCUAAAUUUUAAAAUAUCUUCCAAAUUAACCAAGAUUUGGAAACUGCCUGGGAGGCUAAAAUCAUCCUGAGUUUCUGCCAUGGUUAUGUUGGAAGGUGCAUUGAAAAAGGAGACAGGAGCAGGGAGCAUAAUUUAGUGUUGCAUCUGGGACUCAUGGAUUGCUGUUUUUGAUCUGGAUGCAUGGUGUGUAGAAAUGAGUUUCUCUUGUUCUUGACAUAAUCAGCAUCAUGUGGACAAAAUAAAACACAAGGGAAGAUUUAUUUUGAAAAAGAAAAUGCCAAAGAAAAAGAAAAAUAUAGGUGUGAGCCCAUCAAGAAAGAGUAUAAACACAGAGACUAUUUCUGCAGCUGGCUUGGUACCCUCUCGAGUAGAUCUAGCAAUGUCACAAACACCACAUGAGAUUGAUAAAGAAGAGCUCAUCAGCAGCCUUUCAGAAAUGUUUUCUGAUUUGGAUCCUACUGUCAUUUACAUGGUGCUGUCUGAAUGUGAUUUCAAAGUGGAAGAAACUAUGGAUUAUCUAUUAGAAUUGUCCACGGCUGCUAAGGGUAUAACAUCUUCAUCAGAAGUCUCAGGUUUUGAUUCCAUAUCUGCAUUGCUAGUUGGUGAAAAACAGCCUCAUUCUGUUACUAAUGAAAUAGAGGUCCAAAGUUCUGCUGAAAAAAGAGUUGAGAAGGCUAGUGAAGGAUCAGAAAAGUCUUUGUCAUCUGAAGAACUGGUUUUCUUUCUACAUAAUUCUUUUGGGAAACAUAAUCUAAAUAGUGAAAUGAAGAAUUUAGAAAAUGACUGUGUCUCAAGUAAUGUGUCUCUGGCCUUGGACUGUAGUACUUCUUGUUGUGUUAAGGAGUUACCAGAAUGUGCGAAGUCCAGCUUGCGUUACAAUGCUGUGCUUUCUUCAAAACGAUUAGAAAUGGACAAUGACAUAUUAGAAAAAUCCUUUGCUCCAUCAAAUCCAGAUUACUACAAAAACUCUGAAUUGUUUUUUGGAAAACCAAGCAAUCAAAUAAAGGGUAAUCCAUUACAUAACAUGGAUAUUUUUGCACAAAUCCCCGAGAAUUGUAGUUUGCCCGAAGUAGUACUUGACAGUGGUGCCAUUGCGGAAGUCAUUGCACUAACAAACAUGGAAGUAUCUUGUACUGAUCCAGGUCAAAUGCAAAACGUCUUUUUGGACUGUACAACAAAAAAUGGCAUACCUACUCAACAGUGCCACGGACUUGCUGAAUUUGAAAACAGUGCAUUUGACAAUUUUAGGUCUUGUUCGCAGGAUAUUGAAAAACAAGAAAAUGCAGUGGCUGCCUGUAAUGAUCCUAAAAAUACUUCUGUUCCUGACUUAUGCACAGGAUCCAGUUUCAGAUUUGCACCUUUUUCAGAUGUUGACCAGUCUUAUCAUGCAUGGAAUUCACAGUUCUCUGUGCUUCAAAAAAAUUCUCAGAAGCCUACCUUUUGUCCUACUUUUUAUCCACAAAGUACAAGUCAUCGUUUUGUAACUCCAGUUGCAAUCAGCCCUGGAAAGUGGAGGCCUGCUCCUGAUUAUAGGAGUGUUAGGAAAAUAUGUUCCCCUCAAGAAUUUUUACAGUCCCAGGACAGCAAUUCUUCUCUGCCAAAGACAUGGGGAAAUAAAGAUGGAAGCCAAAAAACAAAUUCUUUUCAAGCACACCAGCUUCCUGGUUGUCACAUGAUGAGAAGAAAGACACCUUUUGUGGGUCAUGUGCUUGUUCUUCUUAGAGGGGUUCCAGGAUCAGGCAAAUCAUAUUUGGCAAGGGCUUUGCUGGAGGAUAACCCUGGUGGAAUCGUUCUUAGUACAGAUGAUUAUUUUUACCAAAAAAAUGGCCAAUAUCAAUUUGAUGCUGAUCACUUAUCAGAAGCACAUGAGUGGAACUGGAAACGUGCCAAAGAAGCAUUUGAAAAAAGGAUCACUCCUAUAAUAAUAGACAAUACAAAUACACAGGCUUGGGAAAUGAAGCCUUAUGUUGCUUUGUCACAGCGACACAAGUAUAAAGUUAUAUUUCGUGAACCGGAUACUUGGUGGAAGUUUAAACCAAAAGAAUUGGAAAGGCGAAAUAUUCAUGGUGUAUCUAAAGAAAAGAUCAAAAGAAUGUUGGAACGAUAUGAACAUUGCCUGACUAUUAAUUCAAUUUUAAAUUCUUCGAGCCCAGAUGAAUUGAACAGUGCAACUUGCGAUGAGGUUCUUCAUCAGGAAAAAAGACACGGGAAGGAAGAUACACUUCCUCGUGGGGAAAAUGAAGAGCCUUUGUCUUCCCUUUUGAAAUGUAUAGAAUUAAGUACAGAUGAUGAGCAUGUGCUAGAGAAAGCUGCACUGGAAAACCAGAAUCUUCAGAAUGAAGAGAGAGAAAUUGGAUAUAAGUUACAAGAAUGUAAUUCUGAGAAGAGAAUCACUCUAGAUAACGAGGAUAUUUAUGCAUCACCAAGGAGAGAUAAAUUGCAUUCUUCCCUUGAAACAGAAGUAAUUAAAACAGAGUUAGUAAAGUCUGAGCAAAACCUGCACUCAGAAUUCUGCGUCAGUGAAAAUAUUCAGAAAUAUGAUGAUUUAAAAGUUGAAGCAAAUUCGUGUACUGAAGUAUUAAUAGAAGCAGAAUUAAUAGAGGGGAAAAACAUGAAUAAGGGAGAUUCAAAUUGUGAGGAAUUAGUACGAAAAGAGAUGUUAAAUUUUGUGGGAGACUGGCCCAUGGAGCAAACUAUGGGGCAGAGGGUUAAAAGAAUAAGGAGGUUAGAAAAACUUGUAAAGAAUGACGAAGAGGAUAGAGAUAUAUGUAUGCCCACGCUUGAUUCAUUAAAGAUUCUAGAUGAAGAUGAAAAAUUGGACCUGAUCAAUAUUCAUAAGGAGUUGUCACUUUCUGAAAAUAAAGUGGAAGAGAAUAACCAACCCUCUGCCUGUAUGACUGGUGUUAACACAGAAGAAGAUACAUCAGGAUUGCUGAUGGUAGGAGAUUGGCCUGUCCAAAACUCUCUAGAGCAAAGACAGAAAAUGAAAAGGAUCCCUAAGAGAAGCUUUAGUGAAUCAGAAGGCGUUGGAAGUAGUCAAUGUGAUAUGAACAGAAAUGCUUUGAACACAGUGACUGUCCUUCCGGGAACCACUGCAGGCACCAAAGUGCUAGAUGACUCAUCAAAGAAGGGAAGUUUUCAGGCACCUGAAAUCUCAGCUUCUGAAACUGUUAGUGAGAAAAAGCCUGUACAGAAUAAAAGAACGCGCAAGCAUAAUAAAUUAGCCCUAACUUUUACCAACAAUUUGACUCUCAGCAAACCAGAGGAACAUUUGCCUCUAUUUAAUUUAAUGGAAGAUAAACCUGACGAAUGCAUCAUGACAGAGGUCAGCAAGUAUUCGCAGACAGAACCCCAAGACUUUGCUCUCCUGUGGAGGAUUGAAAGGAAAAUUAUUGUUUCGGAGGAUACCAAAGUGAUACAUGGCAGGCUAGAUGGAUUUGUUCCAAAAGGUGUCGAUGUUUCUUCAGAUUGUCCAGAAAAAAUACCCUAUAAAGUAACCUAUGAGAAAAGCACCUAUGUUGAAGAAAGUGAACUUGUCAGUAUUGAUGAAUCUGAGAAUCUGAAUAUUUUGUGUAAACUUUUUGGGUCGUUUUCAUUUGAUGCACUAAAGGACUUGUAUGAAAGAUGCAACAGGGAUAUUGAUUGGACUACAGGGAUCUUGUUAGAUUCUGCUGAGAAGUUGUGCAAAGACAAUGACGUUGGGUGCUUGCAGGAAGCAGGGACUCAACCUCCUGCUAUUGUUCUUGACUCCAAAGAAAUGGCUAAUUAUGGAGAGAAUCUUAGAGACUCUGAGGAAACUAUUCGAGUAACUAUGACAUCUGGAAUAUUUCAGGAUUCAGAAAUAAUGAAUCUCAUAGUUGAUGAGGGAGGUGAUAAAACUUCAGAUUAUUCCAGGGUAAAUGCUGAAAUACCGAACUUGUUAACAAAUGUUUUGCUUGCUCCCUUGUCAGAAAAAAAUAAUUCCAAUCCGCUUGCUCCAAUAGCUCAGGCAGAAGAAUUGAAUGAAGAAAAACCUCUCCCAGAUAAUAUGAAAACACAUACAAAAGAGAUGAACUCUGUUACCUUAUCAGAAAAUGGGCAGCAGAACAAGGCUUCACAUAGUGAAAUGGACUUAAAUAUUCCUGUGACUGUACAUGAUGAAUUAACUGGAGGCUCUGUCCCUUUGAAACCUACUGUUGAUAUGGAGGCAGACAUAAAUUCUUCAGAGAAACGUCAAGAGUGUUCAGCAGUAGAAGAUGCAGCUGUUCAAGAGCUAUUGGCUAAUCUAAUACUUAUUGAGGACUCUGCAAGCAGGGAAGGUUCAUUAGAGGUCUUCAAAGGAAUGGAUUGUAAACCCAUGUUUUCAGUUGCAGCAGAAAAUAAAGAAAACAAAAUGUCUAAUCAAGAUGACAAUAUCACCAAGUUACUGAAUCCCAGUUCUGUAUCAAAGUCUAUUAACAUAGAUAGUCUGGAGCUGGUCUUACCUCCCGAACUAGCCAUUCAAUUAAGUGAAAUAUUUGGACCUGUUGGUGUUGAUUCAGGAUCUCUAACUACUGAAGAUUAUGUGGUUCAUAUUGAUCUGAAUUUGGCAAGAGGAAUACAUGAGAAAUGGAAAGCAUCUAUUAUGAAGCGACAGAGGAGAGAAGAGGAAUUACACAAGCUCCUUGAAGAAAAUCCCAUGCUGUUUGAGCAGCUACAUCUAGAUGAACUAGAUAACAUCCUUACUCAGCAUACAAACUGUCAAGUACAACAGAGUGGAAGAUUACCUGUAGAUGUACUGGCUGACGGCUCACUAACUUCAGAGGUUUUUCCUUUCAUGGAUCACUGGAAUGUCCAGACACCGAAAGUAUCACUUCGGGAGAUAAUGUCUGAAGAAAUAGCAUUACAAGAAAAACAAGACCUGAAACGUUUUCCUUUCAUGGCUAGAAAAGAUUGUGCUGCUAAGCUGAAGGAGAAGCAGCUUCUGGAGAUAUUCCCAACCAUUAAUCCAAACAUCUUAAUGGACAUCUUCAAGGACAACAAUUAUUCUUUGGAACAAACUGUCCAGCUUCUGAAUAGCGUCCUAGAGGCUGAUCCAGUAAAAACAGUUGUAGCCAAAGAAACUGCUCAGGGUGCCACUCUCUCUUCUUCCAGUGCUGCAAAGACCCGAGAGAAAAAGGCCAAAAAGUUCAAGGAGCCAGAAGACAUUCUCAACGAAAAGAUGUUCCAAGACUUUGAGUAUCCGGGAUAUGAUGACUUCAGGGCUGAGGCUUUUCUACAUCAGCAGCAUAGGCAAGACUGCCUGACAAAAGCUGGGGAAGCAUAUCGCAUGGGAAUGAAGCCUGUAGCAGCAUUUUAUGUGCAACGGGGUCGCCUCCAUGAGCAGAAGAUGAAAGAAGCAAACCAAGAUGCCGCUAUGCAAAUCUUUGAGAAAGUGAAUGCCUCGAAGCUUCCUGAAAACCUUUUGGAUCUGCAUGGUCUCCAUGUGGAUGAAGCUUUGGAUCAUCUGUGUAGAGUGCUGCAGGAGAAAACAGAAGAAUACAGCCUGGCUGGUGGUAAGCCGUAUCUCUACGUGAUCACAGGAAGGGGAAACCAUAGCCAGGGCGGAGUUGCUCGCAUCAAACCAGCAGUUAUGAAAUACCUCACAAGCCACAAGUUCAGGUUCACCGAAAUAAAGCCAGGCUGCCUGAAAGUCAUGCUGAAGUAAAAGAAUAUUGCCAAGAGGGGUCUCAAAAGCUGGUAUUACUGAGAUACAAGCAACUUUAAAAUUUACUGGGGUUACUGUACUACUUUAAAGAACAAUAUUUUACUGGAAAUGUUUUAACUUAUUUUUACUAGGUGUUUUUGUCAGCAUGUUUCUUCCCUGCCCCCCAAAUCAAUACUAAAUGAAAUAUUUGUUUUUAAGGGAAAUAGUUUUAUAGGCGUUUUGCUACCAAAAAGUAUAUGAGAAGUAUAUUUCUAUAUAUAAAAAGUGAACUUCAAAAGGGAAGCAAAGGUUCCAUUUUGAAACACUCUGUCCUUCUCAGAUUUAAAGAUCAUCCAUGAAUAUCUUGAGUACUGUGCUUUUUAACACUUCCCUUUCUCUAAAUGCAUUUUAAAAUAACUCUCAUAUGUUUUUGAGACAUCAGACGUUUUGAAAUAAUUAAAGCUUUUAGAGGGGAAAAGUGAUACAAUGGGUCUAGUAAUAAGAGCUUAUUUAUACUCCUGUGUUUUCAUAUGAGAUUCCUUUGCAUGCUUUUUGUGGAGAAGAGAAGAGUAAAUGUUGCAUCCAUCUUCAUCCUAGAGAAACAUUAACUUCUGUUACCUCACUGAAUAAUCCCCUUCGAUCUUUCUGCCUCUCGCCCCUUUAGCCUUUCACUUCCUUAAUGUAACGAAAGUGGUAAUACUUUAUGAUGAGGCGGUAAAUCUUUGUUGUGAAAAAACAGGGGUACCGAACUCAUCAAGGGAUCUUGGCCUUUAUCUGAGCAUUAAGGAGCCAUUUCUAUUGGCAAUACGUUACAACUUCCACUAGAAUCAAUGGAAAUUUUUAAAAACCCAGUUAUUGUGAUCAUAAUAUGCUAUUUGCUGUAUUCAUCCUGAUUCCAAUUUCUGUGGACUUUCAGUGCUCAUACAGAGCUCAGUAUGAACAGGAGCUUUCUUGUUCAUAUCUGGAUCAGGGAUCUGCUCCAUCAGCACAAUGACGAUAUGUACAAAGAGCAUCGGAAUGAUCACGGAUGCCCCUUCUACGGUUGAGUUACCUUUGUGCGUUACAAUUCCUACAUGUGCAUUGAAGCCUCAGGAUUGGGUUUGUUUCAGAUUCUUCAGGAAAAGAGAUAUAAGGAAACUCCAUAUCCUCCAAUUUGUCCAGAUAAAAAUUAUAUAUGCCCCGUUAGGGAUGACACCAGCAAAUUGAGACCACGUAAGAGGCUGCCAGCUUCAGGCAGGUUUGUGUGCCGUUAACAACCACGCCGAAGCAUUCCACAAGAGCAGCUGCUCCCACCACGGGGCUGCACUGAUGUCGCUUUUUCCAUCUUUUGAACUUGUUCUCACUUUGUUGCUGUUAAAGCAUACAACUCUCCGUCAGAUUAGAUCAGGAGUUGCAAAACUAAGCACAACAAUGUGUGCAUGCGUGUCUCAAUUAUAUCAGUGCAAUGUCAUUUGAGAAACCUUUCAUCGUUUUCAUAUAGCAGUAUAUUGUGUGUCAAUCUUUAAAUGUGUGAAUUCAUGGCAGGGAAUAAGUGGCUAUUAAUUUCAUGGUAUUUUUAAAGCACGUUUUUGAAUUGCAAAACCUAGGAUGAUAUUUAAUUAUAUAGUUAAAAGGACUGAAUUUCUUCUUUGAUUUUAAUUUCCUCUGAACCAAACUAAUUACUACACAGAGAAGUAUUUUUAAGAAACAAUAGAUGCAUUUUAUUUUUAUGAAGGAAACUGUAUAUUCAAUUAAUGUAUACGUUUCUUCUUUCAAAGUGGAAUUGCAAGUGCUCUUCAAAAUAGUUCCUUUUUUAAUUUCAUGGAGCUUUUAAAACAAUUGCAGAUUGCAUGUGAGCAGUCGCAUAAAUGAAUUAGUGUGAAAUAUUCUUCAGAUCCUCAAGGUGCCAUUUCAGUAAACUUCGGACUGUGCUUCAAAACCAGAGGUUUCUUUUAUUUAUAAUACAGCAAACAUUGCACAUGUAUGUUGUGCACAUCACUUAAUUUCAGACAUUUGUGCAUGUGGUAACUAUAAGAAAGGAAUAAGCUGCAUAUACCAUAAGAAUUCUUAAAGAAAUAAUUCCUAAUAUGAACUCAGACACAAGGCAUUGUGUCUACACUGCAUUAUUCUACCAUCGUCCUGAUCUUUUUAAAGAGAUCUGUGAGUAGAAAUCAUUUUCUGUACAUGGAUCUGUCCUAACACCAUUAGUGCAAAAGAUUGUAGCGAUUAAGUUAACUUUAACCUGAAGAGAAAACAACAACAACAACUACAACAAUGAGAUGAUGAAUGGCAGAAAAAAUGGUAGACUAGAAACCCAAAUUACCUUUUGGUUUAUAGGUAUAUGGAAUUAUGAAGGUGGGGAGAGCACAGAUAAUUUUUGUAGAUCAAAACAUUUUAGAUUUUAAGUAAUUGAACUACUUGAUAACUGGCUAUAAGACAGUGCAUGUAAAUGAGGGGGGGGAUCCAAAGAAUCUAACUGCUUGCCCCCAUUGGAAUCAUUGGCACAGCAGAUUUAUUUCCAGAUAUUUAAUUUCCUUUUACCAGACACUUAUUCAGGAAUCUACUGUGUAUCAGGACUGUUUUACCCACUACCAGUGUUCUUGCACUGAUACCAUGUCCAUACUGUCAGGACAUACAUGCCUGUUUUGUUUCGUGUGCACGUGGUAGAAAACCACAUCUCAUGUACAAGCAACCUGAACGGUUGGAUAGUGCUGGUAACACAUGAUGUACACACUUCCAACCCAUAUGAUACCUAUGUAAGGAUGCCAUUAUGAGAAGGCCCCAAGUUACUCCUAAAACACAGAUAUUAAUGGCAGAUUCUUCUUUUGGGAUGCUGAUAAAUUUUAAUGGUUUUAUGUUACAAUUCUACUUAGAAAAUUAUACAUAAUGUGCCUUUGUGCAUAUCCCAGUCCUUUCAGUAGGACCUACCCAGGAGAAGUAGCUGCUGAAUUAUGCCCCCUUAUUUUCCCCUUGAAGUUCAAGUUGAUCAUUAUUCAAAAGACACCAUGUGACUUAUAUAUCUAUUGGAAAAAUAGAGUUGGAUUUGCUAAAGAAAUUUAAAACCAAAUCUGAAAAUAAUAUCUGUAAAAAUAGUAAGGGAAGUCUGUUCUGUUAAAUAUAUUGGUAACUGUUCCAUAAUUAUGGUGGUUUGAUAUUUUACUAAGCUUUAUUAACAUACCAAGUCACAUUUCUUAAGUUGGGGAAGAAUUAUAACUGUGUGCCUAUUUUUUAUUAUUAAAGUCUUUGAUUAACCUACUAAGAAGACAUAAGCUCACACUUAUAUGAAUUAGGGUCAUAUAAACUUGUCAUGCAAAACUUGUAAUGUAAAUGUUUUAUUGAAAAGAAAUUUACUCAGGGCAGUGGUUUCUGUGAAAAGUGCCUAUGGAAAAGAAAGCCUUCCUAGUAAUCGUUUUCAGGAGAUAUUAUUGUGGAUAGAUAUUCUAAAAAAAUAAUCUGCAUUAAUUAAAUGUGUGCAAUUCAGAUUUCAAAACAUUACCUAACCUUCAUGGAUUGAUGUACCAUACAUUGAAUACCUAACACUGCAUCGCCUUGAACAUGCUCUUGUUUGCAUGGAUGGACAAAUAUGUGAAAUAGGCAGUUUGCAUAGAUGGACAACAUGUGUAAUAAGCAAUUUCAUAUGUUGGCUACAGGAAUUCCUGUGAUUAUAGCAGUACGCUUUCUUGGCAUGAUAAUUAUGUAAAUUGCUGUUGUUCAUAUGUGUUUUGCACAGAUCACAUAUUAACAUUUUUCUUUGUAAACCUGUACCUGAUAAUGAUUAGGAAGGUUCACAAUGGUAAAAACUUUUUGAUUCUUUUCAAAAGAAGAAUAGAAUGUCAGACUCAACUACUGAAUAGAUAUUAUAUUACUCUACUAUCAAAGUGUACAGAUUAAAAAUCCAGUAUUGUACAGUCCAAUUGUCACGAAAAUACUAUGGCCAGUACAUAAGUGGAUUUCUUUCUCCUUUAAUUAUUCUUAAGUGUAUAAAAUUCUUCUAGUUUCCUUUCUUCUUUUUUGUAAUAUUUGGUUGUUAGCACAUAGCAUUUCUUACAUGAAAAUUUUCAAAUAAAAUCCCUCAAUGAAAACAA